GGUAAACAAGUUGGUACCUGGGAUUCUUGUGAUGUGUUAUUGAUGGAACUUUUUGGAAACUCGCUAUAAAAACGCCGAGCAAAACAACUUCGGCAGAAACGUGAUCACUGAGACUGAAGUGGAGAAACGUGAAACCUCUUUCGCUUAUAAAAACUUACAGGAAGUCUCAUCAACAGUUGUUUUUUUUGUGUGGAGCAGAUAAUAUUUUGCAAAAGGGAACUGAAAAUGCAGACGCAACUUGCACUCUUGGUUUUGUCGCUUCUUGCUGCAGUUUGUGCGGAAGUAAAACUUGAAGAGACCAUCAUUCCGGAGGGGCAUGAGGAUGUCAUUCCCCAGGGUCAGGACGGCGACACACCGGCAGAUAACCCCUUGGAGACGGCAGAAGACGCGGCCCAAGUCUUGGACGAACUGGAGCACGACAUCUUCGACCAGGUCGAGCCAGGAACGCCCCGGCCGAACCCCUACGCCAAGACGGCCCGCCGCUGCUGCAAGCUGGGCCGCCAGGUCGCGGAGAACGGCCUCUUCUGCAACUUGGACUUCCUGCAGGUCCAGAAGCGGCCCAACGUGGUCCACCGGCGCAAGAUGAAGUUCCACGGGCCCGAGGUGAACGGCAAGACCGUCUACAAGGACCUGAUGCGGAAGGUGGAGAAGUGCUCGCUCAGCAACGCCGCCGAGAGCAUGUUCGUGAAAUGCUGCGAGUGGCAGGAGGACAUCAUACACGACUUGGAGCAGUGCAAGUUGCUGGGUACUCUUAGCCAGAGGAGAAGAUGUCGGCGGAGGGUGCAAGCCAGAGAGUAAGCUCCACUUGCCAUCAUGAACUUUUUUUAAAAACAUUAAAAAGAAAAUUCCUUAAGUCUAUUUUGCGGAGGAAACUUUACAGUAUUGAGUGUUUUUUUUGUGCAGAGGAAACUUUAUACACUUUUGAAAUUUAUGUUGCAGAGCAAUUUUUUUUCUUUAUCUUUAUAUUAUCUCGUUUCAUUGUUGAUGACUUUCUUUACCAUACGAAAAUACCAUCAGUGUAUUCCCGACGAUCAUUAUUUGACCUGUACAAUCGGUUAUCGGAUUGUUUUUUUUUUAACGCAAAAAACGUACUCCGAAUUGCAAAAAGGUUAUUCUGUAUUCACUUUACAUAAAAUUGUAAGCCAAAAAAAAUUGGUUUCAUUCUUGCUUCCAGGACAGAAAGUAAUUUUGGUCAACUUUCAUGAAAAUUUUGGUAUUGUAUCAUUGUGAUCUACUUUACAAAAACGUUGGUGCUAUCCAAACUUCGCGUGUGUACACUUAUGCCAUCAAAUCAACAUAAUCAAAGUGAAGAGGGAACACAAUGUAUUCAGUUGUCCGUCCAUCAUUAAAUGCUAGUUUUACGACCAGCAUGAACAUGAUGUCACAGCUACAAAACUGCUGCUCUUUGGACGUAAAAAGAGAAAACACUCACGAACGUAGAGCUCUAUUUUUGUUAAAAGAUAAAACUUAUUUACUGCUUUGCAAGGGUGCUUUGUAUUAAUUGAGUCGAACAUGUUACGCGGCUUCGUGAUCAAUACGAUUGUAUUUUCAAGGCUGCAGUAGUAUUGUAAUUGUUGGUGAAAACCGUAUUUGUUGACUUCCCGGGGGCCGAUGGUAUAUAUGCCCAAGCCCUCUCCUUGACAAAAAAAAACCCAACUGUGCACACAAACAAGAAACCUUUGAAAUUGUCGGUCAAUAUUUGUGCCGCAGCCCCAUGCACUUUCGGUAAACAAAGUUUCUGAAUGGAAGACAGCGGUACGAUGGACGUUGUGCAAUAAAAAUUCACAACUUCAUUAUUAUUCAAGAAGCGUACCAGGUCACCUUGGAUGGAGGAUCGGUGUACCGAUAAUCAUUGGGUUUUCUUUUGAAGGGGGUCUAUAAUUUCUUCUUCCUGGCAAUCCCCCCGCAACAGGAAUCGAUUUGCAAAAUCGUCAUCGAUCUUGUACAGUAGUAAUCCCCGAUUUUUAUUUUUCAGGGGUGACGAAAACAAGUUCUAUACCAUUUUGUCAACAGAUCUCUUGUUUUUACAACAUUUUGAGCUAAAACACAAUAUGCCUUUUUUGUGUGAAUCGCGCAUGUGCCUCGAUGAAGUGAUGUUUUCUUAAUCUUUUUUUUAUCAAGUCGAUUAUUUUUUUUUUUUGGUCAGAAGUUUGAAGCAACUGAUUAAAUACUUUUUGUAUAUGGAUGUUUUAUGUACAUUGUAAAAUUGUAUUCCUGUAGAUUGUAUUAUAAAACUUUCUCUAUUUUUUUUUUGAAAAAUAAUGUUCGUACGCAUUUGGGACUCUAACAGUAUUAUAAGCUUUACAUAUUUUUUGUGUCAAGACAUUCAGGUUCUUUGGGGGAGGGGCUUAAAUUUCAAUCGAUGUUUUGUCCUCUUGGAAGGGGGGGGGGGUAAAAAUAGUCUUUCAAAAAGUUCACUCAUUUCUUUAGCUAUCCAGGGGAUUAAUAUUAUUGCUGGCACCAUUUUGGCACACAGUUGUUUAAUGUAAAUAUGUAUUAUAUAUGUACUUUAAAUUGUUUUGAAUAAAACAAAAGAGCCAUACAA